CGCAGCUCGGCCAAGAUGGUGGCGCUGCUCGCCCCGUUAGUGCUCCUGCUCGCCCUCGGCCGCCCGGCCGUCUCCGGCGCGCAGGCCACGGAGGGCGCGGCGGCUGCGCCGCAUCGGCGCUUCGAGUACAAGUACAGCUUCAAGGGGCCGCACCUGGUGCAGGCGGACGGCACGGUGCCGUUCUGGGUGCACACAGGCAAUGCCAUCCCAAGUGCAGAUCAGAUCCGUAUAACAACCUCCUUGAAAAGCCAGAAAGGCUCAGUAUGGACGAAAAACAAAUCAAUAUUUCAGUAUUGGGAAGUGGAAGUGACCUUUCGAGUUACAGGAAGAGGCCGUAUUGGAGCUGAUGGAUUGGCAAUUUGGUUUACAGAAGAGCAAGGCUUGGAAGGUCCUGUUUUUGGGGCAGCUGAUAAAUGGAAUGGUGUUGGAAUUUUCUUUGAUUCAUUUGACAAUGAUGCAAAGAAAAACAAUCCUGGAGUGAUUGUUGUAGGCAACAAUGGAAAGCUGCUGUAUGACCAUCAGAAUGAUGGAUCCACACAAGCACUGGCAUCCUGUCAGAGGGACUUUAGGAACAAGCCCUAUCCUGUGCGAGUCAAGAUCACAUACUACCAAAAAACACUGACUGUAUUAAUUAAUAAUGGUUUUACUCCGGAUAAAGAGGACUAUGAAUUCUGUGCCAAAGUGGAUGAUAUGGUGUUGCCAUCACAAGGGUACUUUGGAAUAUCUGCAGCCACAGGGGGACUUGCAGAUGACCAUGAUGUGCUGUCAUUUCUGACCUUCCAGCUGACUGAGCCUGGGAAGGAAGCACCAACACCAGAUGCAGAAAUCCCUCAGAAAGAUAAAGAGAAGUAUCAGGAAGAGUUUGAACAUUUCCAGCAAGAAUUGGAUAAGAAGAAGGAAGAAUUUCAAAGGGAACAUCCUGAUGUGCAAGGACAGCCAGCAGCAGAUGAUGUUUUUGAAACCGUGAGUGAUCGGGAGCUGAGGCAAAUCUUUGAGGGGCAGAAUCGAAUUCACCUGGAAAUCAAACAGCUGAACAGGCAGCUGGAUAUGAUUCUGGAUGAGCAGAGGAAAUACGUGUCUGCAGUCACAGAGGAGAUUGCCAAAAGAGGAGCUGGGUUUCCAGGUCAGCAGGGACAGGUUUCCCAGCAAGAGAUAGACACAGUUGUGAAAACCCAAGAAGAGGUCAUUAGACAAGUAAAGGAAAUAAGAAGUUCUGUGACUGAUGCUCUGAGAUCCAUCAGUGGGGCUCAACAUGCUGGUUCUGCUGGAGUCUAUGAAACAACUCAGCACUUCAAUGACAUCAAGGAGCACCUUCACGUGGUCAAGAGGGACAUAGAGCAUUUGGUACAACGCAACACGCCAUCCAGUGAGAAACAAAAGUGUCCAGAGUUGCCACCAUUUCCAUCCUGCUUAUCUACAAUGCAUUUCUUCAUAUUUGUGGCAGUGCAAAGUGUGUUAUUCAUUGGUUAUGUCAUGUAUAGGAGCCAACAAGAGGCAGCAGCCAAAAAGUUCUUUUGAUGACCUAUUCCGUUUGUGUGUACAUAACAGCAGUCUGUAUGCACAGAAAAUUCUACACUUCUGUAAAUGAGGGAAAUUUUAGUGUUGGAUAUACUUCAAUAUUAUAAAUUAUUGAAUUUUGCUAAAUAAAAUGAGUUCUCAUUUAAAGUCUUGAUGCUAAAACCAGGGAGCAAAUGGUGGAUGGGGGAAGACUGUGCAGGACCUAUCUAGGUCUGUAUUUUCAGCUGACUUUUUCCUAAAUACUGAAAGGCAAACUCCCCACGCCUCUGCUGUUGUUAAGAUUCCAGAAGAGGAGCUGAAACACCCAGGCUUGGUGUUUGUUCAGAGUGUGAAUUGCAGAGGGAGGAUUUCUACAGAAAACUUGCUAUUAAGUGUCCUGACACAGCAGUCAAAAAAAAAAAAUAAAAGAAAA